ACGACGGCGUGACGUCAGACCUGACCAAGAGCCUGGUGAAACCCGACACCAUACAGGACGCCAAGGAAGAGGAAGAAGAGAAGGAAAAGCAAGAGGAGCCCGAGUCUAUAUUCUCGGUGCCAGAGAAGUGGGACAAGCGGGCGUGGUGGGUGAUCUGCCUUCCCAUCUACCUGACGCUGUACGUCACGACGCCGGACUGCCGUAAGGAGCGCUGGCGCAGCUGGUUCGCCGUGGCGCUGGUCGUCUCCAUGCUCUGGAUAACCGCCUACUGUUACGUCAUUAUAUGGAUGUCAACCAUCACAG